CCCUCGAACAUUAAAAAAAAAAAAAAAAAAAUUGCUUUCCCUCUCCCUCUCCGAAAUCUAUAGCCAUGGCGGCAACAGCCUCAACCACCCCUCAUUCUAUUCUCCUCCAAAAGAUCCCUCAAAAUCAUGCCUUUCUCCAACCCAACUCCAUCACCUUCACUCUCACCAAUCAAAGGUGUGCCAAACCCUUCUCGAUCUCAUGUUCAGCAACUACCCCAAUCCAAGAUCGACCCUCCCUCCAAUCCCACCCUCAAGAUCGAGUCUUUAACUUCGCCGCUGGACCCGCCACGUUACCCGAGAACGUCCUCCUCAAGGCCCAAUCCGAUCUUUACAACUGGCACGGAUCGGGCAUGAGCGUUAUGGAAAUGAGCCACCGUGGCAGAGAUUUCCGUUCUAUUAUCGAAAAAGCAGAGGUCGAUCUCCGUACCCUUCUCAACAUCCCUGAAAACUACGCUGUUUUGUUCCUUCAAGGUGGGGCCACCACGCAGUUCGCUGCCAUCCCUUUGAAUCUCUGUCGGCCCGAUGACACCGUUGAUUAUCUGGUUACUGGUUCAUGGGGAGAUAAGGCUUUCAAGGAAGCCCAGAAAUAUUGCAAGCCAAAAGUCAUUUGGUCUGGGAAAUCGGAGAAAUACGUGAGCGUCCCCUUAUGUGAUGGUUUAGAGCAAAGCGCAAAUGCCAAGUAUUUGCAUCUAUGCGCUAAUGAGACUAUUUAUGGGGUUGAGUUCAAGGACUAUCCUGUUCCUAGCAAUCCAAGUGGGGUUCUUGUAGCUGAUAUGUCUUCCAAUUUUUGUUCCAAGCCUGUUGAUGUAACCGAGUUUGGGUUGAUUUAUGCUGGUGCGCAGAAGAAUGUGGGGCCAGCAGGGGUUUGCAUCGUCAUCGUCAGGAAGGAUCUUCUAGGAAAUGCACAAGAGCUUACACCUGUGAUGCUUGAUUACAAGAUCCACGCUGAGAACAACUCUUUGUACAAUACACCUCCGUGUUUUGGAAUUUACAUGUGUGGUUUGGUGUUUGAAGAUCUUUUGAAGCAGGGAGGAUUAGAGGAGGUUGAGAAGAAGAACAAAAAGAAAGCGGGUAUAUUGUACAAUGCCAUUGAUGAAAGUACGGGAUUCUACAAGUGCCCGGUUGAGAAAUCAGUGAGGUCGCUGAUGAAUGUGCCAUUUACAUUGGAGAAGUCAGAAUUGGAAGCUGAGUUUUUGAGGGAAGCUGCUAAGGAGAAGAUGGUGGAGCUCAAGGGACAUAGGUCGGUGGGAGGCAUACGAGCUUCUAUUUAUAAUGCUAUGCCUUUGGAUGGAGUUGACAAGUUAGUUGCUUUCAUGAAGGAUUUCCAGUCAAGGCAUGCUUGAUUCAUGCCUCUUCCAACAAGGUUGGUUUUUUUUUGGUCUCAUGUUUGUUCUCAUUUAUGUUUGCUCUGGUUUUAUGUUGGGUAGUUUUAAGUAGUACUAUGAUAAAUUCAAGCUAUUCUUCGGGAAAUGCUGAAAGUUCCAAGCAGGGGGAGUUUAGCAAGAUUUUGGUAAUAGAUUUACAUGAUUGCUAGUUUCAUUUCCCAUUUAGAUUCCUAGUCGCACAAUGUUAAAUGAUCUAAUAAAGGUUGCUGGAAUUUUGAUGUCAACCUUUUUCCAUUAUAAAUUGCACUGCACCUU